UUCUCCCGCCUCCCCUCCAGCGUCGGCAGGAUGGCGCUGCUGCGGUGUUGGCGCUGCUGCUGCAGCUCCGGCUUGCGCUUGGGUUUCCCCCGGGCUCCUCUACCUUCCGCCGCGGCCGCCGCCUCUCUCCUCCAUCGGGCUUUACGCCCGCCCGAGCCUUGCCCCUGGCUGAGAUCUCCGGUUUACCAAUACUCUGCAAAGGCAAAUUCCAAAAGUCUCCUCUCUACUUUGGUUUCAAAAGUCAAAUACAUGAAUACGAAAUAUGAAAAGUAUUUGGAAAGAACAUUCCCACGUUUCUACCAGCUAUAUUCUACUUUUAUAAAAGGUUUUCAGGUGUUAUUUUCAGAAGUAAAGGAAAUAAGAAGAAUAAAGAGGAACAUGAUACAUAAAAACAUCAGAUUUCAUCAACUUCCGUACAGGGAGAUGGAAAAAUUAAGACAGUUUCGCAGAGAUGUGAUGAAGGUCAUUCCUGUCGGGAUACUCGCUCUUCCACCCUUUGCCAACUACCUGGUUCUUUUGCUCAUGUAUCUGUUCCCGAGACAGCUCUUGAUACGCCACUUCUGGACUGCCAAACAACAGGCUGAAUUUCUGGACACUUACCACAGCAUGAGGAAGGAGGCUUACGCUGAUGUGGUUAACGGUCUAAUGAACCUGUCUCACUCCCUCACUGAUUCACAGCUUCGCAAACAGAUGCUAGAUCUCUGCAAAAAGUUUCAGGAAGGAUUCCACCCAAGUGUAACGGAACUUAAAGCAGUUAGGACCUUAUUUGUGGAUCAUCCCUUUGGCAUCCAGCAGCUCAGAAUUCAGCAAGUGAAAGCUCUAAGUCGUGUUUUGUUCCUGACCCCUCGCUUGCCACCUUUCUUUCUGAGAUAUCGCCUGCAGAGCCACCUGUCAGAGCUGUACCACCUGGACCAAGCCAUGCUGCAACUGGGAGUGAAAGAGCUGACUGAUGAUGAAGUGGAAGUGGCAUGUUAUACCCGUGGCUUGAACUCCGUUCACCUUGGCACAUUGGCAUGUAGGCUCUGGCUGAACCAGUGGCUAGCACUUUCCUGCUCACUGAAAGAGUCUGAAGCUUCACUCUUGGCCCAUGGCAUGGUCUUGCUUUCCACCAACUUCCGUCCUUCUGCCAAGGGCUGACUUACGGCUGCCUCUCCUAGACCACUUCUGAAGAGAUGCUGCGACAGUGACUCUUGGCUCAACCGGCUGGGGAAAUGGGCCUUUCGCUCACAAUCAAAGAAUGGCAGGAAUCCAGUACAAGACGUUUCUCCAACUGAAAUACCAUCCUUGAAGGGAAGGGUAGAGGAAACACCCCACGCCCCGGAGAGAAUCGCCAAGAUGGCGCUAGACACAAUGCCAGCACAGUAGAUUCCACAAGGUUUAUGCUAAGGUCUGCUUUAGCAAUGACCUUGUUGGCCUGUCGUGAUCAUGCACUUAUUUCCCUGUCCAACCAGGGGAGAUCUGCUGAAGAGGUGUUGGCUACAGCCUGGAUUGGCUUCCUCAUAUCUGUAGCACUUUCAGUGCCAACUAUCCAGCAGUACUCUUGAGGUUGCUGGCGUUGGGUAACUAAGAUUUCUUACUGCUCCAGAGGACUCCCCCAUUUUAAUUUCAUUAGAGUAUAAUGUUCAUGUAACAGCACUGGAUGGGUAGCGCAGUGGUAUUUUUGUCACGAUAUGAUAGAGCAAGACCAGGACCCAGAUGUUAGUUCUUUUAGAGCUCCACCUUUCUAUUUGAAAUCCUACUAAUGCUUGAAGACUGCUCUUCUGCUGGAAGAACACAUUAACUUUAUCCCAUAAGCAUUAUAAAAAGUAUAUUUUGUUUUGGCAAAGGUGGUGCAGAAUCUAUGCAAUAGUUAUACAAUUGUACAAAGCAGUUAAUUUGGUAUAGAAGCCCCACCAAAAAAAGCUCAGAUCUCUGUGUGUCUCUUAAUCCUACACAUGUUUAGACAAAAAUAAAUCCUGCAACUCCCAUCAUCCCCCCACCAUUACGAGUAUAGGAUUUUUUUCUUAUCUUAACAUGCAUGGGAUUGCAUCCAAAGUCUUAAAUACCUCUGCAAUGUCUAAGUGAGACAGGUCUCUCAGUGGGGACAAAGGCUAAGUCUUGCAUACCAGAAGCUGGAAUUCUAGCCAGAGUAUGAAUGAGGGGGAUGAGACAUUCCCACCUUCUGUAAACUAGCACUCAAAUUAGUCAUCAUAAAACGUAUGAGGAAUUUAUAAAGUUAAUGGAUGUUCAGUUGUAUUGUGCCUGAUAUGUGAAUAUUCUAUUGAAGAUGGCUAAUAAAGGACAAUCUCUUAUACAUUACCAGGGUACCGCAUCCUUUGAAA